CCUUUUCCCCCUUCAAUUUUACAGAACAAAAAUAACAGAAAUGCAGCAGAAGUGUUAAUCCAAUAGAAUUGAAAAUGACUUCUCCACAUCAUAAACUUCCUCAAUGGAUGACUGCACAGAGUAAAGAUGAUGUGGGUGAAAAAAAGAUCCAGAGGAGUGUUCUGGAAAAUGACCUGCCUUUCUUAGAGUUCCAUGGCUCUGUUGUUUACAGCUACGAUGCCAGCGACUGUUCCUUUCUGUCAGAAGAUAUCAGAAGAAACUUAUCUGAUGGAGGAGUGAUAGGAUUUGACAUUGAAUGGCCACCAUCAUUUACUAAAGGGAAAGGAGGGAAAGUUGCCCUAAUCCAAAUAUGUGUGUCUGAGAAAAAAUGUUACUUGUUUCACAUUUCUUCAAUGAGAGGUUUUCCCCAGGGACUCAAAAGAUUGCUUGAAGAUGAAGCCAUUAAAAAGGUUGGAGUAGGAAUUGAAGGAGAUCAGUGGAAGCUGAUGAGCGACUUCGAAAUCAGACUGAAGAGCUUUGUAGAACUGGCUGAUAUAGCCAACGAAAAACUGAAAUGUAAGGAGAUAUGGAGUCUGAAUGGCCUAGUAAAACAUCUAUUUAGCAAACAGCUUCUGAAGGACAAGAAUGUACGCUGUGGUAACUGGGAAGAAUUUCCACUCAGCGAGGAACAGAAGUUGUAUGCAGCCACUGAUGCUUAUGCAGGCCUCCUCAUUUACCAAAAACUGGAAAACAUGAAUAACUAUGGUCAGAGGCUCUGUUGUAUAAAAAAUGAUGGGGAGAUGUUGCCAAAUGAAGUCAAGAAGCAACUGUCCUCAUUAGCUGAAGAAAUGAUGGAGCUGGCUAAUCAUCUUCCCAGCACUUUUGGACAACUUAAAAAUACACAGAGAGCUGUAGAAAUAUUAAAUGAUGUGACGGAAAAUAUAGGUUCUCUAAGAAACAUGUUGCUUGGUGAUCCCAACUCCCAAGCAGAACUGGGGAGCGACUGUGUUGCAGCUCAAAAAAAAUCUGAAGUGGUGUCUACCAUUCUUGAAGAAGAAGAGGCUGAAAUGCCUGAAUUUCAUGCAAGAUUUCAAGAUGAUUUAAAUAAUUACAUUGAUGAUGAUAUGUUACUCAGUGUCAAUGGGGGACACCUGAAUGGAAGUGAAAUGGAAAUUAGUACGCCUGAGCAGAAAGAUGGAACUACAGACACAGGAUCUAAGGAUAUGACAGAGAGAAACUGCCUAAUGUCACUGGACAUUACUGAAUAUGAUCUUCAAAUGUUGGAACUUAAGGCCAAGGAAGAAAUUCCAAAUGAGGCUGCUAUGUCUGAGGACCCGUAUUACAGAGAGAAUGAACAAAAUCUUGGUUGUGUCAUUGAAAGUGAUGAAGAACUGGAAAUGGAGAUGCUUAAAUCUGUAGAAGAUGUAGACGAUUCUAAAGUCAGUCGAACUGACUCUGAUUCCACUGAAAGCAGGAGAAUUGAUGGCACAAAAUUGCACCUUUCUCCUGAUGAUGAUGAAGAUGAAGGCAUUGAGGAGGAGGAGGAGGAGGAAGAGGAGAGUUGGGAUCCUUUGUUGCCUGUACCUACUGAAAUACAAGUCACGUGCUUAAAGACAUAUUUUGGGCAUUCUAGUUUUAAACCGGUCCAGUGGAAAGUGAUCUCUUCUGUUUUACAAGAUAAAAGAGAUAAUCUUGUUGUCAUGGCAACUGGAUAUGGGAAGAGCUUGUGUUUCCAGUUUCCACCCGUUUAUACAAGCGGCACAGGAAUAGUCAUCUCUCCUCUUAUUUCUUUGAUGGAGGACCAAGUGCUGCAGCUUGAAAUGUCAGGCAUUCCAGCUUGCUUACUCGGAUCAGCUCAGUCAAAAAAUGUGAGAGGGGACAUCAAAGCUGGCAACUAUAGAGUUGUGUAUAUAACUCCAGAGUUCUGCUCAGGAAACUUAUCAUUGCUUCAGGAACUUGACAAAACCAUUGGUAUCACGCUGAUAGCUGUUGAUGAGGCUCAUUGUAUUUCAGAGUGGGGGCAUGACUUCAGAAAUUCAUUUAGGACUUUGGGUUCAUUAAAGAAAGCACUGCCUUCGGUUCCUAUUGUUGCUUUAACUGCAACUGCAAGCCCUUCAGUUAGAGAAGACAUUGUGCAUUGUCUCAACCUAAAGAAUCCUCAGGUCACAUGUACAAGUUUUGACCGACCUAACCUAUACUUAGAAGUUGGACGAAAAACUGGAAAAAUCCUUCAGGAUUUAAAGCCGUUCCUUAUUAAAAAGGAGAGCUCUAGGUAUGAGUUUGAAGGGCCCACUAUUGUGUAUUGCCCUUCAAGGAAGACCACUGAACAAGUAGCUGCUGAGCUGAUGAAAUUAAAUUUGUCCUGUGGCACAUACCAUGCUGGCAUGGGAAUCAAAGCAAGGAGAGAUGUUCAUCACAGGUUCAUGAGAGAUGAAAUUCAGUGCAUUGUGGCUACCGUAGCCUUUGGAAUGGGUAUCAAUAAAGCAGACAUCAGGAAAGUUAUUCAUUAUGGUGCCCCUAAGGAAAUGGAGUCCUACUACCAAGAAAUUGGAAGGGCUGGCCGUGAUGGGCUUCCUGCUGCUUGUUACAUAUUGUGGACUGGUGCUGAUAUGACUUUUAACAGACAUCUUCUAAGUGAGAUACGCAAUGAAAAAUUCCAACAAUAUAAGUUAAAGAUGAUGGCGAAGAUAGAGAAGUACCUUAACUCAAAUAGCUGCAGAAGAAGAAUCAUCUUGUCUCAUUUUGAAGAUAAACAACUCCGGAAGGCUUCCUCUGGCAUCAUGGGAACAGAAAAAUGCUGUGAUAAUUGCCGGUCCAGAACUCACUGCUGCACUAUUAACAGUGACACAGAAGAGAAUUUGGAGGACUUUGGUCAGCAAGCAUACCAGCUGAUGUCUGCUGUGAGUGCCUUAAACGAGAAGUUUGGAACUGGAGUUCCGGUUUUGUUUCUCCGAGGAUCUAAUUCUCAGCGUCUCCCAGACAGAUACCGAAAUCAUGCCCUCUUUGGCAGUGGAAAGGAUUGGCCAGAGAAUUGGUGGAAGGCUUUGGCCCGACAGCUCAUCACCGAGGGGUUUCUUAAAGAAGUUUCUUGUCGAAGCAAAUUUGCAACUGUGUGUGAGCUUACUAAGAAGGGUAGAGACUGGCUCUGUAAAGCUAGGAGUGAGCGCUGUCGGACCCUUCUGCUACAACUCAGUGAAGAACUAUAUCUAAGGAAACCUCAUACCCAAAGCAAGAGACAGACAACAUUGGAUGCAGGAUCACAUUCUCCAAAUACGAUGUUGACAAAGCUGACACCAGCAAAACAGACAUAUUUUCAUGAAAUGUUUUCUUAUCAAGGAGCAGGUAACAUUUCUUCAAGGAGAAAUGUUUCAAAUAAAAGUGACAUGGAGCAGUCACCAAUCAAACUUCUUCCUGUGCCACUGAAGUCCCCAGAACCUGCUGUUUCAUCCAGAGAGAAGGAACUGCACACUGUUCUGUAUGGCAAGCUGCUGGCAGCCAGGCAGAAGCUAGCCAGUGAGAAAGAUAUUCCUCCAGCUGUGUUGGCAACAAAUAAAAUACUGGUGGACAUGGCAAAAAUAAGGCCGACGACUGUUGAAAAUGUGAAGAGAAUUGAUGGCGUAUCUGAUGCAAAAUCUGCCAUGUUGGUUCCUCUCCUGCAUGAUAUCAAGGAGUUUUGCCAAGAAAAUAAUCUGGAGACUGACACAUUCCCUACUUGCGGAUCUAGGGAAAAGCAGCCAGAAGCCCUGCAGAAGAGAGGUGGGGGCCACCCCCUUCCGCAGUCAGAGCUCAUAACAUACAAGCUGUUCCAAGAAAAGAACCAGUCUUUGAAGAGUAUAAGUGCAAGCAGGUCUCUGCCUCUCUCUGUGGUUGGCACUCAUUUGUUCCAAGCCAUGAAAGCUGGCUAUCCAGUCGACCUAGAACGAGUGGGUCUGACUCGUGAGAUCCAGAAGGUGAUUACUGAUGUCAUCCACGACCCUCCCAUAAACUCAGAUGUGACCAGAAUGACAGCAAUAAAAGAACUUGUUCCUGCAAAUAUCGAGCUGUACCUGAUCAGGAUGGCAAUUGCCCUGCUGCAGAAAGGGAGUGAAAAUGUGCAUGUGGGCCAGCCGGGUAAUUCCGGCAAGAAAAGCUUAUUGUCUGAGUCCGAUGGGCUGCGAGCCAGUACAGGGCCAGCCCAGAAAAGCAAGGAAAGAAUCUCAUGGACUGAAACAGAGGGGAAAUCAGUGAAGCCAACCACACACACAUACAAGUUUGUGUCCAGGAAAGAAGAAGAUCAUCCAUAUAUUGAUUCUUCACCUUGGUUUGUGAAGAGCAGCAAGAUGGAUGACAGACAACUCCCGAAUGCAGUACGGGGUGGACCAAGCCAUCAAACCUCCCUCCAUUUAGCCUCCUGGAAUCAGCCUGCCGUGGAUCCUGAUGAAGAAGAACUGUUCAGUGACUCCCAGUCCAAGACUCAGCUUGCAAAGAGGAAGCUACCAGAAUGGUUUGAAACUUCAAAGGGAACUGAGUCUUCAGUUACUACUGGCAAGAAAUCCAAAGUGGGAGCAAAAAAAGGUCUUUUUGGUUGAAGUUGGAGAUAAACAACCUUCUCUUCUAAAGAAGCUCUGUGAGAUCAUAUAUAUAAGUCUUCUGGCUCGAUUGCCAUUGAGAAUCGAAUGGAAAGCACUACAUGAAAGAUGGGUUAUUUUUAGCUUCCAGGACAACUACCAUUCUGAAGUACAUCUUUGUUCAACGCUGAAACUACAACUGAGCUUGGACUGGAACUAGAGUCCCUCAGUUUUUGAACCUUGUCACUUUGUGGGAAGUGACUACAUCUUGAAUUCAAGUACAUAAAGGACUGACUCAAGGGUUACAUUAGCUCACAUUAAUAUGGUUUAUACAGGCUGUUACUUUCACUGUUAGGAUAAAACUUUCCAAGAUUUUUACUGUAUCAGUUUAUUUUCUAUUACCAUCUAAAUGUGAAUAUUUGGGCAACUUCUGUGAAGUCAUUUCCAGAUUGUCUCAAGUGCUAUUGUGUUCAGCGGAGGAUAAAUGCACAUGUUCAUCAUCUUAUUCUCGUCAAUUCCCAUUGAGCAGAUGCCAACUUUUUUUUCUGAGGAUGGUAGUAGGCAUGGAAGAAAGUAGAAAAAAUUGGAGGACCUUGCAGCUGCUUCAAAACUGCAAAACAAGUAAGUGUUAUGUUACCUUGCUGCUAAUCCAUAUUGGACAUGUCAGAUCAACAUUCUGCAUCUAUCAAAGUUAGAUCUGCUCUGAUCUGAUAAGAUGGUGCAGUAUAUCUAAAUUAAGAGGUAGUGUAUAGAACCCACUGUAUUAUAUGGGGAAACAUGAGACUAAUACCAUUUAAAGUUCUGUUAUGCAUUUUCUGUGGUGUAUUUUUUAUAAUAAAAUGUUGCAUUAACAGUC